UGCUACUCCGUUUCGUUGUCGCGUUGUCAAUUGCAAAGUUUUUUUGAUACAAUUUUGGUUGAGAAGCAGUUUACUUAAAUUGAUUUCGAUUAAAUGGCUAAAAAGGAAGACAAGUCCCUGCCGGCCGAUGAGUUGGUGAAAGUCAAUAAAUGGGAUGGCUCGGCGGUGAAGCAUGCCCUAGAUGAUGCGGUCAAGACCUGCCUCCUAGGCGACCGCCCACAGUUGAAGGAACAAUUUGGCUUGGUCAACGCGCGUUUAGCACUUUGUGCAUUGGCCGUUGGUGUUGCUGUCAUGGCACACGCCUGGGACUUCACGCAUCCCUUUCCGCAAUCUCGUCCUGUGCUGCUUUUAAGUGUGUUGGCCUAUUUUGCGCUGAUGGGUGUCUUGACGCUGCACACAACAUUCCGUGAGAAGGGAACAUUCGCGGUGGCCGUACAAAAAGAAACCGGUGGCAAGCAACAAAGCGUCUGGGAGGCAAGUUCGGAUAUGAAGAAGUACGAUGACAAGUACCUGCUCACACUGACCGUUAAGGAUGCAAAGGGAACACGUGAGGUAUCAAGCAGUAAAUCCUGCGCCGCUUUCAUCGACAACAAUGGUAUCAUUCUGGACCAUCUGGUAGCCAACGAAGUGAACCGCCUAUACAAUUCACUGUCCGCCGAAAAAAAAGAAAAAUAGCUCAUUGAGGGUCUGGCGGGGCCUUGAAAUGCCAAAUAUGCAAGUUGCCAGCCGGUGGUUGUUUAGCCCAAAACAAUUUAAUGUGCAUUAUCCCUCCAGCAAUCUAUCACACGGAGCUGAGCCUGACCACGCCUUGGUUAAGCAAUUAAACCCAUACACAUAUAAAAAUAUUCCCCUUUCAUUUAAUUUGCUGUAAUUUUUUUUUAUUAAACUAAUUGUAGUAAAACUCUAAAACGUUUUAAAAAAUUAUAUUCUGAGUCAACUGAUGAGAAAAGCA